CUCUCGAGGAGGCGGAGCUUCGUGCUUUGCCUACAGCUAAAGCAGUGGGUUCGGCUAGGGGCAACAGCAGAAAACGGGCCUGGGCCCUGCCAGGGCUUUGGGCUUUAGAUUCCUGUUUGGCCAAAGUGACCUAAAAAGGAGGGAAAAUGACUUCUGAAUCGGAAACCCUGAAUCCCAGCGCUCGCAUAAUGACCUUUUAUCCGACCAUGGAAGAGUUCCGGAACUUCAGCAGAUACAUUGCCUACAUUGAAUCUCAAGGUGCUCACCGGGCAGGGCUAGCCAAGGUUGUUCCUCCAAAAGAGUGGAAGCCGCGUGCGUCGUAUGAUGACAUUGAUGAUCUGGUCAUCCCUGCCCCCAUCCAGCAGCUGGUGACAGGCCAGUCUGGUCUCUUCACUCAGUACAACAUUCAGAAGAAAGCCAUGACCGUUCGAGAGUUCCGCAGGAUAGCCAAUAGCGACAAGUACUGUACCCCACGCUACAGUGAGUUUGAAGAACUUGAGCGGAAAUACUGGAAAAAUCUCACAUUCAACCCUCCCAUUUAUGGUGCAGAUGUGAAUGGUACUCUCUAUGAAAAGCACGUUGAUGAGUGGAAUAUUGGCCGGCUGAAAACAAUCCUGGACUUGGUGGAAAAGGAGAGCGGGAUCACUAUUGAGGGUGUGAACACCCCAUACCUGUACUUCGGCAUGUGGAAGACAUCCUUUGCCUGGCACACCGAAGACAUGGACUUAUACAGCAUCAACUACUUGCACUUUGGAGAACCGAAGUCCUGGUACUCUGUCCCACCUGAGCACGGGAAGCGACUGGAGCGCCUGGCCAAAGGCUUCUUCCCAGGAAGUGCUCAGAGCUGUGAGGCUUUUCUCCGCCAUAAGAUGACCCUGAUUUCCCCUUUAAUGCUGAAGAAGUACGGCAUUCCAUUUGACAAGGUGACUCAAGAAGCUGGAGAAUUUAUGAUCACUUUCCCUUAUGGCUACCACGCCGGCUUUAACCAUGGCUUCAACUGUGCGGAGUCCACCAAUUUUGCUACCCGCCGGUGGAUUGAGUACGGCAAGCAAGCUGUGCUGUGCUCCUGCAGAAAGGACAUGGUGAAAAUCUCCAUGGAUGUGUUUGUGAGGAAGUUCCAGCCGGAAAGGUACAAACUCUGGAAGGCUGGGAAGGAUAGCACUGUCAUCGACCACACUCUGCCCACGCCAGAGGCAGCUGAGUUUCUGAAGGAGAGUGAACUGCCCCCAAGAGCUGGGCAGCCGGAGGAGUGCCUGGAGGAGGACAUGGAAGGGCUGGAGGACGGAGAGGAGGGAGAUCUGAAGAGGAGCCUGGCCAAGCACCGUAUAGGGACAAAGCGGCACCGAGUUUGUCUUGAAAUACCACAGGAGGUGAGUCAGAGCGAGCUCUUCCCCAAGGAGGAGCUGAGCUCCGGCCAGUACGAGAUGACAGAGUGCCAGGCUGCCCUCGCCCCGGUGAGGCCCACCCACAGCUCUGUGCGGCAGGUGGAGGAUGGUCUGACCUUCCCAGAUUACUCGGAUUCCACUGAAGUCAAAUUUGAAGAGCUCAAAAACGUCAAGCUGGAGGAAGAGGAUGAGGAUGAGGACCAAGAAGCAGCGGCCUUGGACCUGUCUGUGAAUCCUGCUUCCAUAGGGGACCGCCUGGUCUUCACGGGUUCCAAAAAGAAACCGUCUUCUAGCCUGGGCUCCGGUUCUUCGCGUGAUUCUAUUUCUUCCGAUUCGGAGACCAGUGAGCCUCUCUCCUGCCAGUCCCAAGGGCAGACAGGGGUUCUCACUGUGCACAGCUAUGCCAAAGGGGACGGCAGGACCACUGGGGUGGAGCCGUGCGUGAGGAAGAAAGGUGGCGCCGCCCGGAGUUUCAGUGAGCGGGAGCUGGCAGAGGUUGCAGAUGAAUACAUGUUUUCUCUGGAGGAGAGCAAGAAGUCCAAGGGUCGCCGCCAGCCCCUGAGCAAGCUCCCCCGCCAUCACCCGCUUGUGCUGCAGGAGUGCGUCAGUGACGAUGAGACCUCUGAGCAGAUGACCACUGAGGAGGAGGCCGAGGAGACAGAGGCCUGGGCCAAGCCCCUGAGCCAGCUGUGGCAGAAUCGGCCCCCCAACUUUGAGGCGGAAAAGGAAUUCAACGAGACCAUGGCCCUGCAGGCCCCUCACUGCGCCGUGUGCAUGAUCUUCCAGACUUACCACCAGGUCGAGUUUGGAAGCCUCAGCCAGAGCUGCGGAAGCACACCCGAGUUAGCCCAACAGAAGCAGAGGACCAAGCCAUUGAUUCCAGAAAUGUGCUUCACCUCCACGGGCUGCAGCACGGACAUCAACCUUUCUACCCCUUACCUAGAGGAGGACGGCACCAGCCUUCUCGUUUCCUGCAAGAAAUGUAGUGUCCGGGUCCACGCCAGUUGCUAUGGGGUCCCCCCUGCGAAAGCCUCCGAAGACUGGAUGUGUUCCCGAUGUUCAGCCAAUGCCCUGGAGGAGGACUGCUGUUUGUGCUCCCUACGUGGAGGGGCCCUGCAGAGAGCCAAUGAUGACAGGUGGGUCCACGUCUCAUGUGCUGUGGCAAUUCUGGAAGCGAGGUUUGUCAACAUUGCAGAGAGAAGUCCAGUGGAUGUGAGCAAAAUCCCUCUGCCUCGCUUCAAACUGAAAUGUGUCUUCUGCAAGAAGCGGAGGAAAAGAGCUGCUGGCUGCUGCGUGCAGUGUUCUCACGGCCGGUGCCCGACUGCCUUCCAUGUGAGCUGUGCCCAGGCUGCAGGAGUGAUGAUGCAGCCCGAUGACUGGCCUUUCGUUGUCUUCAUUACCUGCUUUCGGCACAAGAUUCCUAAUUUGGAGCGUGCCAAGGGUGCCUUGCAGAGCAUCACUGCGGGCCAGAAGGUCAUUAGCAAGCAUAAGAACGGGCGCUUCUACCAGUGCGAGGUGGUCAGGCUCACCACAGAGACCUUCUAUGAAGUCAACUUCGACGAUGGCUCCUUCAGCGACAAUCUUUAUCCUGAGGAUAUAGUGAGCCAGGACUGUCUCCAGCUGGGUCCUCCUGCUGAAGGGGAAGUGGUCCAAGUGAGAUGGACAGACGGCCAAGUCUACGGAGCCAAGUUUGUGGCCUCUCACCCCAUCCAGAUGUAUCAGGUGGAGUUUGAGGAUGGCUCACAGCUCGUGGUUAAGAGAGAUGAUGUGUACACGCUGGAUGAAGAGCUUCCCAAGAGAGUCAAGUCCAGGCUGUCAGUAGCCUCAGAUAUGCGAUUCAACGAGAUUUUCACAGAGAAAGAGGUAAAGCAAGAAAAGAAGCGGCAACGGGUUAUCAACUCCAGAUACCGGGAAGAUUAUAUCGAGCCUGCGCUAUACCGAGCCAUCAUGGAGUAGGUGCUUCCAAGGGUCCAAGAGGGUCCCAGCCAGCAAGCGCACUCGGGGGUCCACAGCACAGCAGACACUUGGGACUCGGAAGAAGGCCCUGCGAGUGAAGUUGUAAAAAGAAGAAGGAAUGAACUAGCUGAUCCCUUCACCUCCCCCACCCUCCUCGAAUUCCAUGUAGUGAAAGGACCAGCCGUCUCUGGACAUGUGGCAGCAGCCUCUGGUCUCCCAGCUGAGGGGCUGAGCACUGGAAUGCUGUGGCUGCACUGGCCCCAGUCCAUAAAAGGGGUCGCCUGUGCUGGCUGGGCUGGUUGCCCUGUUCCUGGCCUGGGACUUAGCUUCCUAAUGAGCACCUGCACCGACUAGUCAGAGGUGCUGGUACUUGUCCCUACCCCCUUUUUGUAUUUAUGUGUGUGCGUGUGUGGGUAUGUGUGUUUGGUCUGGACCAGCUUCUGCCAGCCCCUGGCCUUUACUUUCUUCCUUGCCUAUGUAGGGCAAACAAAAUGUGAAAUUCUGCCCUCAGCUGAGCUGAGUAAGGGCCCCUGGGGUUGGCCGGAGGUGGGUGUGGCAUCUGUCCAGGCCUGGAACAUGUCUAGAGUGCUGGCAAAGCUGCAGUAUUGAGAUGCUAAGGAGUCAGUGCCACCUCUUGUCCUCCCUUGAAGGAGCGCACAGGGCUAACGGGGUACAAGUCCUCAGCAUUCUAGGCAAGGAGGCCGCAUGGCACAGUGUUAGAGGGUGUCAAUGGGGGAUACCCUGAAGGGGAAUUUUUAAUGAUGGAAGCAGGCAGAGCCUGGUGGGUGAUUCAACAGAAUUGCAAUCAUGCAGGGGCUGGG